AUGGGGAGACUGUUGCUGUGGGUUGGGCUGUUUCUCGUGCUGAGACACCACGAUGGUGCUGCCCACAAACUGGUGUGUUAUUUUGCCGGCUGGGCUCAGAGUCGACCCGGCCCCGCCUUGAUCUUGCCCCGUGACCUGGACCCCUUUCUCUGUACCCACCUGAUAUUUGCCUUUGCCUCAAUGAAUGACAAUCGGAUCGUGGCUAAGGGUUUCCAGGAUGAGACAAUUACCUAUCCAGAGUUCAACAGGCUCAAGGAGAGGAACAGGAAGCUGAAAACCCUGCUGUCCAUUGGUGGGUGGAACUUUGGCACAUCCAGGUUCACCACUAUGCUCUCCACAUCAGCCAACCGGGAAAGGUUUAUUGAUUCCGUUAUAUCCCUCCUGAGGACACAUAACUUUGAUGGGCUGGACCUCUUCUUCUUGUACCCUGGAGUAAGAGGCAGUCCCAGGAAUGACCGAUGGACUUUUCUCCUCUUAAUUGAAGAACUCCUGUUUGCCUUCCAGAAGGAGGCGCAGCUUACCAGGCGUCCCAAGCUGCUGCUCUCUGCUGCCGUCUCUGGGGACGAACAGAUCAUCAGAACAGCUUAUGACGUGCGCCUUCUGGGAAAACUCCUGGAUUUCAUCAAUGUCUUGUCUUAUGACUUUCAUGGGAGCUGGGAAAAGUUCACAGGACACAAUAGCCCCCUCUUCUCUGUGCCUGGAGACUCCAAAUCUUCGGCACAUGCCGUGAGAUGCUGGCGGAGUCUGGGGGCACCCGCAGAGAAGCUCCUCAUGGGGCUGCCCACCUACGGACGGACCUUUAACCUCCUUGAAGCCUCUAAGAAUGGGCUACGGGCCAAAGCCCAGGGAGCUGCGCUUUCGGGAAAGUACACCAAGCAAGAUGGUUUCUUGGCUUAUUAUGAGAUUUGCUCCUUUCUCCAGAAAGCGAUGAAGCGCUGGGUGGAUGAUCAGUGUGUCCCAUAUGCCUACAAGGGGCACAUGUGGGUUGGCUAUGAUGAUGUCGUCAGCUUCAGACACAAGGCAAUGUUCAUAAAAGGACAGAAUCUGGGGGGAGCCAUGGUGUGGACAUUGGACCUGGAUGAUGUCAAGGGCACUUUCUGUGGUGCUGGCCCUUUCCCCCUUGUCUCCACAUUGCAUAGUUUUCUGGUGCAAGCUGACUUCAGCUCAACUCCUUCACCAAAAUUUUGGCCCUCACCUGCUAUGAGUUUGUCAAGAACUGAUCCUGCAAGGCGAACCGUAACCAGUGAAAUGGGACCUUUGUCCUCAGGAGGAAAGUCUACGGCUUCCAACACCCUUAGGAAGUCUGCAGAUAUGACUAGAGGCCACCAAAGUGAGAUUGUGACCCCUCCGGGCAAAACUAUGUCCUUUGGAAAGUACAUGGUAGCUGUGGAAGGGAAGACUGAGGCCUUUGGAGAGACCAUUAUGGUUUCUAUGGAAAGUCAGACUAAGUCCCCCGGAGAGAAGAUCGUGCCCCUUGGAAAGAGGGUUGUAACCCCUGAAAUGAUGACUAACCCCUCUGGAAAUAUGACAGUCAUUCCUGACGGGCAGGCCAAGACCCUUAGAGGCGAGGCCACCACAUCUGAGGUGAACACAGACCACCUGGUGGGGUACUUUGGUCUUUAG